AAUUACACAAUCCGCCCCACGGUUGCAUUGAAUCAAUCAUCAGCAUUCCGACAUGACCACCACCAGAACACUUCCAAUGGCUGCUCGCUCCAUUUUCUUCGCUCUCACUCGAAACGCUCGAGGUAGGGAGAGGGUUCUCGGCAGAUCCUUCUCCACCACAAUCGAAAUUAUCUGCGACGAUUCCCCGAAUUUCCCGGCGGAAGAGACGACGGGUGAAUCCGCUGAGGAAGAUGAUCUGAAAGCCAGAAUCUUUAGGCUGAGACUCCCCAAAAGAAGCGCCACCCACGUCGUUCAGAGAUGGGUCGACGAAGGCCGCCGUAUCACCGCCGCAGACCUCCGUCACAUCUCCAAGGAGCUCCGAAUGUCCCGCCGUUACAAGCACGCCCUUGAGAUAUCAGAAUGGAUGGUUUCUAACAAUAAGGAUGAGAUAUUGGACUUGGACUAUGCGAUUCGCAUUGACUUGAUGACCAAAGUUUUUGGUAUUGAUGCAGCUGAGCGAUACUUUGAAGCUCUUCCCGAUCCUGCAAAAACUACCGAAACCUAUACCGCCCUCCUCCACUCGUAUGCAAGCUCAAGGCUAACUGAUAAGGCCGAGGACCUCUACGAGAGAAUGAAAGAAGCAAAUCUUUCACUUAGUACCCUCACUUACAACGAGCUACUGACUUUGUACAUGUCUGUUGGACAGCUAGAGAAGGUAUCACUUGUCAUCGAGGAAAUGAAACGCCAAAAGGUUGCACCCGAUAUAUUCACGUACAAUUUGUGGAUUAGUUCAUGUGCUGCUGCUUUCAACAUCGAUGAGGUGAGACAGAUUCUCGACGAAAUGAGUCUCGACUCUGGCUCUGAUGAGUGUUGGACAAGAUAUGCAAAUCUUGUGAGAAUAUAUAUCUCCUCGGGUCAACUUGUGAACUCAGAGACGGACUCUUUGGUUGAAACGGAUAAGGGCAUCACACAAAGAGAGUGGAUAACUUACGAUUUCUUGAUUAUUCUCUAUGGGGGACUGGGAAACAAAGAAAAACUUGAUCAGAUCUGGAAAUCUUUGACAAUGACGAAGCAGAAAAUGACUAGUAGGAAUUAUGUAUGCAUCGUUUCAUCAUAUCUGAUGCUGGGGCACAUUAGGGAGGUGCGGGAAAUUGUUGAGCAAUGGAAGCAGUCAGGCACGGUGGAGUUUGAUAGAUCAAGCUGCAAUAGACUGCUAGAGGCAUAUUCAGAUAUCGGGUUGAAAGAGAAAGCUGUUAAUUUCCAUACCGUUCUGCUUGAAAAGAUCCCCGACCUCGUAGAUGAAUAGCUCAAGCAUCUCACAGAUCCAUGCUGUGAUCUAGCAGAGUUAUAGCAAUUCAAGUAGUAACACAAUGCAAAUAAAAUGUUGCUUUGAGACUGUCAUAUGCUUAAGCGCUAAAAUCUCAGUUUUGGUAGGUCAAAAACUCAUCAUCCUGCUCUUUGCUUGAACUUGAAAAAGUGUUGGUGCAUUUUCCAGAGGCCUGUUGAGCAUAUAGUCAUUAAUGUGCAAUCCAACUAUCAGCUUAGGUUUUUUGA